AUGGAAAGAUAUUACGACACACCAAUGGCCUUUGGCAGUGUGGAUACAACAAUCAAUCAGCUUUUGGAUACCGAUGUGGUGGAGUUGAGUGUUGGUCAAGACGACAGACCUCAAGGACUCGUAUACCUUGGUACCAGUGUACCCGAACUCAAGACGUUACCUACCCUUCAGGCAUCGGCACGAGAUCUAUCAAUACAAAGCCCUCCCUUUCGAACCUAUGAGAAGGCAAGCCAUGAGGAUUUUGUAUUUUCUCGACGACAUUUUUGUGGUGGCAGCGAGUCCAAAGAGAGUACAAGAACAUGUCAACACAUUGGUGAAUCAUCACAGCGUUGGGUUUCAUCAUCAACUGGAAAACGAGUAGGCAGUGGACGUGUUCAACCAAAAAUGGCCAAGCAAAGGACUAUACUUGAAUCCACUGUGGAAGCUGAUUCCAAGGUAUUGCGCAAAUUUCAAGAGGAUCAAGCCAAGUCAGCGAUCCUAGUCACUUCGUAUUGGCCCACUCAACGUUGGUGUCCCAUGACCAUGAGGCACAGCAAAACAAGGCAGUUAAUCUUGAAGUUCACCAAGAGAUUUUCGAUGAUCGCUUGA